CUUUUCUGGAGCGUAUGAUUAAGGCUAGAAGAAACAGUAAACAAUACUGUUGCUUUAAAAAAGGAGCACCAGCGCAGUAGCUUAAAAUACCGUUACGGCAUAGACACUCAUGAAAAUACCCUUUGUUAUCUGUAUACUGAGAUUGUUCAUGUUUACGUGUUUUACUAGCAACUAUGUCUAUUAUUGAUAUCAAUAAUAAUCCUAAUUCUCAUUCCAUUCACCCACAAUAUAAUGGAGAAGUUAUCAUUCUCCGCUUUGCCAGUGAGGCAGACUAUAAAGAAUGGUUCAACAUUAAAAGUGAACAAGCGACAAGACAAACCCCCCUUUUGAAUGCACGUAGUCAAAUCCAAAAAGUAGUUGACCACAUUACUCAACUGGUAUACGCUGGAUCCAUUUUUGCUAAUUACCAUUCCUUGGAACUUCUCGAGAACGGUGAAGAACUACCUGUGGAAAACACGCCUCUGGUAGUAUCAAGAGCCUCAAGACCCUUUCGCGAGUCUAUUUCUCUUACUCAGUCUGACUCAAAGCGAAGGGCGCACGCUGUCUUCAAGUGUGAACCUUGUACUGCGGUGUGGAAUCGCGAUGACAAUGAAAGCCCUGUUCCUUCUUCAGAAGACCUUCAAAAGACGAACGGCGCUCCUGGAUUUAAUGCGCUGUCUAUAACGGCAAUGCAUCGGUAA